AUGUUUGCUGCCAGCUUCUUCCGAAAGUGGUUCGAUGCCGUUCCGGACGCGGGUGCAAAGCUGCCAAAAGUCAUGAAAUCAUCACCCGGACGAGAGCUCCCCAGCUCCUCCCCAGUAAAAUCAAUCCUGCCAGGGGCGGAGGGGGGUUUGCCGCUGCAGCUACAGGGUUUGGAGCAACCAGCAUUGAAGCUCCCCAUUGGUGAGUUUCGCUUGCCCCUCCACUACCUUGUGCCUGGAGUGAUGACGUGCCCUCAUCGUGCUCAAGACAACCUGCUGUCAAAGGCCAACCAUAAGGAUAAGUAA